UGCGCUGACAGUGUGGAGCCUGCUUGGGAUUCUCUCUCCCUCUCUCUCUCCCCCCUCUCCCCCACUGUUUGUUUUCUCUUUCUUAAAAAUAAACACUAAAAUUUAAGGGGGGGGCACCUUAAAAGUAGUUGACCAGGGAAUGACUGUCCCUGAAGCCCACCACCUACAGCCCUCUCACAGGCCAAUACAGAAAGGCAGAGGGCUCCUGGGCACAGAGAGACAGAAGUCCAAGGUCACACCGCCUGCUGGAGGUGGGGCUGGGUGACACUUAAAACAACUCUGUGAUUCUGUCCUUGAGGUUUGCAAUUUGGCCUCUCUAGUCCACCAGACACCACUAUUGCAGCUAGGGUGGAGGUGGGCACGGUGUCCCUCCCACCCCCUAAGUUUCCAUCGCCACACUGAAGAUGGCGGCAUUCUGAGCCCGGCACUAGGUCCGCCACGCUCAAGAUGGCGACACACACUCCCGGCGCCGGUUCCGGUUCCGGUUGUUCAGGCUCCGGCGGGAUACGCCGAGCACGCUGGGCACAGCCAUGGCGGACGGCCCGGUGGCGGAGGUGCUGCUGAGGCAGCUGGCGGCGGCCGAUGGCGGCCUGGACAGCGCGGAGCUGGCGGCUAAGCUGGGCGUGGAGCACCAGGCAGUGGUGGGCGCAGUGAAGAGCCUGCAGGCGCUGGGAGAGAUCAUUGAGGCUGAGCUACGUUCCACCAAGCGCUGGGAGCUUACCGCUGAGGGCGAGGAGAUAGCCCGGGAGGGCAGCCAUGAGGCCCGGGUGUUUCGCAGCAUCCCCCCGGAGGGCCUGGCCCAGAGCGAGCUUAUGCGACUGCCCAGCGGCAAGGUGGGCUUCAGCAAGGCCAUGUCCAACAAGUGGAUCCGCGUGGAUAAGAGUGCAGCUGAUGGGCCCCGUGUGUUCCGAGUGGUGGACAGCGUGGAGGACGAGGUGCAGCGGCGGCUCCAACUGGUCCAGGGUGGGCAGGCUGAGAAGCUGGGUGAGAAGGAAAGGAGUGAGCUCAGGAAGAGGAAACUGCUGACCGAAGUGACCCUGAAGACCUACUGGGUGAGCAAAGGCAGUGCCUUCAGUACCAGCAUCUCCAAACAGGAGACAGAGCUGAGCCCAGAGAUGAUCUCCAGCGGCUCCUGGCGGGACCGGCCCUUCAAGCCAUACAAUUUCUUGGCCCAUGGCGUCCUCCCAGAUAGCGGCCACCUGCACCCUCUGCUCAAGGUCCGCACGCAGUUCCGGCAGAUCUUCCUGGAGAUGGGGUUCACGGAGAUGCCGACCGACAACUUCAUCGAGAGCUCCUUCUGGAACUUUGAUGCACUUUUCCAGCCCCAGCAGCACCCAGCACGUGACCAACACGACACCUUCUUCCUUCGAGGUGAUGCUCUGUCCUGCCCAGAUCCAGCUGAGGCCCUGCAGCUUCCAAUGGACUACGUCCAUCGGGUCAAGCGGACCCACUCUCAGGGUGGCUACGGCUCACAGGGGUACAAGUACAACUGGAAGCUGGAAGAGGCCCGGAAAAACCUGCUGCGCACGCACACCACGUCGGCCAGUGCCCGCGCCCUCUACCGCCUGGCCCAGAAGAAGCCCUUCACGCCGGCCAAGUACUUCUCCAUCGAUCGUGUGUUCCGAAACGAGACCCUAGAUGCCACACACCUGGCCGAGUUCCACCAGAUCGAGGGUGUGGUGGCUGACCACGGCCUCACCCUAGGCCACCUCAUGGGCGUCCUGCGGGAGUUCUUCACGAAGCUGGGUAUUACCCAGCUGCGCUUCAAGCCGGCCUACAACCCCUACACGGAGCCCAGCAUGGAGGUGUUCAGCUACCACCAAGGCCUGAGGAAGUGGGUGGAAGUCGGGAAUUCUGGGAUCUUCCGCCCCGAGAUGCUGCUGCCCAUGGGACUCCCCGAAAACGUGUCAGUCAUUGCUUGGGGCCUCUCCCUGGAGCGCCCAACAAUGAUCAAAUAUGGCAUCAACAACAUCCGGGAGCUGGUGGGCCACAAGGUGAACCUGCAGAUGGUGUACGACAGCCCCCUGUGCCGCCUAGACGCUGAGCCGGGGCCCCCACGGACACAGGGCACCGCAUGACGUGGACCGCCCCGGGAUAGCCCGCCUUCCCUGAGCCCCUGCCGUCCAGCCCCUUUGCAUCCCUGCCAGUGACCCUCUUGUAUUUAUGAGGCCUCUGUGAGGCCAUCCCCCGUCCCUGGUAGCUCCUCUUUGCCCAUCUGCCCCACGGUCCCAGGGGUGGGGGGUGGGGGGCAGGUAGCAGGUAUGAUCUAUGAAGGUGGGCCCUAGGGAGCCCUGCAGGCCAGCUGCUGGCUAAUAAAGUGGGCAUUUGUCCUCAUAUGGUGCCUUUCCUUAGGGAUGGAGGAGUGUGAGGAGUCCUUGGUGUGAGGGGUGGUGGGUUGGGGAUCCUGGAACCUCAGGAGCCCCUGGCUUGCCUGAGCCUGCUCCAUCCCCCUGGGGAGGACUGGCUCCAUCAAGCAUUUACCCGUCACCUGGUGGUGCCAGGCUGUCCUCUAGGUGAAUGGAACAGAAGCCCCCCUGCCCCGGGCGAGGGGCAUUUGGGAGGGGAAGGUCAAGGCAGGUGCCAAGAUUCCCCCUGGGAGCCCAGCAUGGUGGGGUGACAGGGGCAACUUUAAGACACUGCCCCGCCCCUCCUCUUUUUUUUUAAAGAGCAGUUUCUGGCGCACAGCAAAAUUGCGCAGAAAGUACGGAAAUUUCCCCGUCUACCUUCUGCCCCCACGCGUGCACAGCCUCCCUUCUGUCAACAUCUUCGCCGCCAGAGGGGUGCAUUUGUUACAAUGAAUGAACUACACAGUCACCCACGGUUGGUUCAUGGUUUACAUUGUGGUUCAUGCUCGGUGUUGUACAUUCUCUGGGUGUGGACAACGUAAGAUGAUGUGUUUCCAUCGCUACGGUAUCAUGCAGAGUAUUUUCACUGCCCUAAAAGUCUUGUGCUCCGCCUGUUCAUCCUUCCAUCCUCCCCCUAAAAAGCUGCUCUUUUUAUGUUAGGAAAACAAUUCUCAUAAGGGGCACCUGGGUGGCUCAGUGGGUUAAGCGUCUGACUUCAGCUCAGGUCAUGAUCUCACGGUUCGUGAGUUCGAGCCCCAUGUCGGGCUCUGCUGACAGCUCAGAGCCUGGAGCCUGCUUCGGAUUCCAUUGUCUCUCUCUCUCUCUCUCUCUGCCCCUCCGCUGUUCGAGCUGUCUCUCUCUCAAAAAUAAGUGAACAUUAAAAAAAUUCUCGUAAGGAUUUCACCGGGGCUCAGAAUAGGGAGAUGAGUAGGACAGAACUUCGUGAGCCCACCUUGAACGGUGAGUGGGAUCUCUGUUUCUGUGCAGAUGUUUUAAAGCAAAUCUCAGCCUCCACAUUGCUCACCCCACAUCUUCAGGGUCAGUGCACUUUGGAAAUGUGAACAGUUGUAUAACCAUGAAGCCGUCGUUAAACCCAAACAGUUGGCAGCUGAGGCCGUGGGCUUCUCCAGUCCCAGGGCCUGUGGGCACCAAUCUCCCAAGGGCUACUUGGUCGAUUUUUUUUCCUUUAUUUCAAAUUAA